UGAGGGGCCUCCGUGUCGUUUGCAUGCUCUGCUGCAGCAGCGCUGCUUCCCCGCUGCUGCUGCGCUGCUGCCGUUUGCUGCUGCUGCAGGGAUAUCUCAAGCUGCAGCAGCGCUGCUGCCUCUCUGUGCAGCGGCUCCUGCUGCUCCUGGCGCAGCGGGUGCUGCUGCUGCUGCUGCUGUGUCUAUUCACAGCAUGCAGUGCAGUACCAGCACUACCAGCAGCAGCGGCGGCGGCAGCAGCGGCAGUAGCAGCAGCAGCAGCAACAGCAGCCGUAGCAGUAGCAGCAGCAGCAGCGAUAGCAGCAGCAGCAGCAGCAGCGCCCACCCCCAAAAGGCAACGAGCAGAGCAGCUUCCUGCGCAGCCUUUUGGGGUGCUUGGCCUCGAGGAGCAGCAGCAGCAGGAGCAGCAGCAGCAGCAGAAGCAGCAGAAGCAGCAGCAGAAGACACAAAAGAAGCAGACAUGCAGCUACUGCAGCAACGUGGGAUGAUGCACACCUCUUUGCUGCUUGCUGCUGCUGCCCACGGAGAUGAGGCCCUUUGCUGCUGCAUUCUUGGGGCCCUGAGCUUAGCUGAUCGUUUACGCGCUCUGACGCAGCGAGGGUCUUCUCGACGGACGACAGUAUUUCUUGCUGUUUGCAGAGGGACACCAUACCACGGUUCAGCUGCAGCAGCAGCAGCAGCAGCAGAAACAGCCGCAAGCGGAGCAGCAGACGGAACAACACCAGCAGAAGACGCAGCGCUACAGGCAGCUCUGCGACUGCUGCUGCUGCUGCUGCAGUUCAGCAGCAGUACGCCGACAGGUGCUGCUCCGUGCAGAUACUCGAGGAUAUUUCCCGCUGCUUGCUGCUGUUUAUCAAAACAGCAGCACAGACUUGUUGCAUCAGCUGCUGCAGUUCUGCUGCAGCUGUAUGUACACGCUCAGCAGCAGCAGCAACAGCAACAGCAACAGCAGAAGCAACAGCAGCAGAUACCCCUGGGUGCCGACGUGGCUGCAGCAAAACGGCAACGGGCCCCACAUGCUCUCGCAAGCUCCGUCUGGCGGUGCUGCUUGCAGCUGCGGGCGCUGCUGCGCUGCGCCCGUGCGAGCCUGCAGCAGCGAAGAUAUUUAGUGCUGCUGCACCUCCUCUACUUCAAGGCGUUGCUGCCAUCCUGUGCCAGCAGCAGCAGCAGCAGCAGCAUCAGUGGCAGCAGCAGCAGUAGCAGCAGCAGCAGCAGCAGCAGCAGCAGCAGCACCGAAAGCCACAUCCAUGCACGGGCGUUACAGCCCUGCUGCUUCCCCUUUUGGUGGGAUCAGCAGCACCUGCAGCAGCACCUGCAGCAACAACAACAACAGCAGCAGCAGCAGCAGGAGGGAUUUCCGCGUUUGCUUUCUGCUGCGGAGGCGGAGUUGCUGCUGCUGCGGCUGCAGCUGCUGCUGCUCGCUACUGCAGCAGGAGAUGCUCGGGGUGUCUCGCUGCUAGUCAUCAGCGGCUUUGCUGAUGGCUGUUUGCUGCUGCAGGCUGCUUUGCUGCUGCUGCUGUGCAGCGGCGCAGCAGCUGCUGCUGCUGCAGCAGAGCAGCGCAGCCAAGAGCUGCUGCAGACACCGAGGCUACUGAGCGGAGCUGCAACAGCAGCAGCAACAACAGCAGCAACAACAGCAACAGCAGCAGCAGCAGCACCUUGGGGUGCCUCGCGAGCUGCACGCAGGGUCGGGAGACUUGCAGCAACUCUGUGGCGGUGGGCAAUAGCUGGAGGCUUUCCUCAGGCUCUUAUUCAAAACCAGCAGCAACAGCAGCAGCAGCAGCAGCAACAGCAGCAACAGCAGGUACAGGACACACAACCACGCCACUGUCGGCAGCCGCAGCCCCCGCAUCAGCAACAGCUUCAAUUGCAGCAGCAGCAGCAACAGCAACAGCAACAGCAACAGCAGCAGCAACAGCAGCAGCAGCAACAACAACAGCAGCAAUACAUGCUGUUUGAUGACCUCUGGGGCCCUGAAGCCCACGCGCAGUCUUUGGAGUCUUUCUCCGUUGCUGCUGCUGAUGAACAGCAGCAGCAACAGCAACAGCAGCAGCAGGAGCAACCUGAAGAUGCAUCAGCUGCAGCAGCAGGUGGAGGACGCCUGAAGACACCACCACUUCCUCUGCACUGGGCUGCGGCCUUCUGCUGCAUGUACACCAAACGCUUAGAGGCGUUCUGCUGCUGCCGCUGCCACCGCCGUCUCCAGCAGGAGCAGCAGCAGCAGCAGCAGCAGCGCCGGCCGCACCAGCAGCAGCAGCAGCAGAACCACCACUCGCAGCAGCAACGCAGCGGGGCUUUGCUGCUGCCGCGGCGGCUGCAGCUGCCGCGGCGCAUGAGCGAUGCGGCGCUGCUGCAGCAGCAAACCCGGCAGCAGCAGCACGAGCAGCAAGGGGAAGCACGCGAGAACCCGCAGCAGCAGCAGCAACAGCAGCAACAGCAGCGAAUGUUGCUGCAGCAGCAAACUCAAGAUGCAGCAACAAACGAAUGCGGAAGAGGUGCU